UACUUUACGCUACUUUAGAUUUUAUCUGGCUUGAAAUUUAUCAAAUAUUCUUUAAAAUAUAAUCAGUUUUUAAUAUUCUACUUGUUUUACAUUCUGCGUGCAAUAUUAUAUGAAACAUAUUGCGUGCUAAUCCAUGUUGUGUUCUCCAGUGAUGAAGACAAGAUGGCAGCCCCCAUGUUCCAUGUUGUAUCUUCGUCUACGAAAUGUUUACAAAACCAUAAACUAAUGCAUCCAUGGCAAAGUCUUAUACAGUUUAAUAGGUUUUACUGUUUAUCAACAAGGAAUGAUUUACAUCCCACGAUUCCAAGGAAGUCUGUCUGGAAAGAAAUCAACAAAUCUAUUCUACCAGAGGAAACGACGAUAGAUUUGGAAACAAUCAAAAGGAUAGAAACGUUGGCACUGAUAAAGUUCGCGAACCAAGAAGGUAUUGAAAGGCUCAACAAAGCAAUCAGAUUAGCAGAUCAAAUAACCAUAAUUGACACAACAGGAAUUGAGCCAAUGUAUUCUCUACAUGAGGAUCGAUCGCUGUAUUUGAGAGAGGAUGUGGUAACAGAAGGUGGGGAUGCAGAGGAAAUAAUGAAAAAUGCUGCAAAAACAUGCGAAGAUUACUUUGUGGUCCCUUCAGCCAAAGGCAACAGCUAGAACUAAAACUUUGUUAAGUUGAUUACUGUGAAAAUGGUAGAGUCCAGUUUUCCAGAGUAAAAAAAAUGAACUCCGUGGUGCAGGCUGCUUGAAUGUCAUCUCUUCAUAAACUUGUAGCUGUUAUGGAGCACUGGAAUUGUAAAUUUUUAUUUAACUGAGAAAUCCAUCUAGCGAAGUUAACAAGUUUUGACACUAACGAAACUGUACGCAAUAAAUCAGUCAACUAAAGUAAUAACAUGUGUAAAAAUACCUUUAAUUCAAUGUGCACUUUUAUUAAAAUUUAUAUACGUAUUCGUUUUAUUAGUCUUGUAUGUUGAGUGUCAUAUCCUUGCAACAAUCCACAGAAACAAGUUGAAAACCGUCUACUGUACAAGACCUGGAAGAAACUCAUGGUUAAACAAUUUAAAUCAGAAAACAUUUCUGUAGUGGAAACAUCUACAUUCAUGUUAUUUAAUAUAUUAAUUUACAGUACAUUGAGCAUGUGACUGCAAUGCACUGCCUAAGCUGUGAAGAAAAAAAUCAACAUACAUUGUGAUACAAGAAAUGAUGUUGCUCAAUAAAUCAUGCAAAUUUGGACAUGCAAUUGAGCGAUGCAAUAGAGUGCUCAAUUAUAAAGAAAUACGGUUAGAAACAAAAAAAAAAAUAAAA